CGGCGUUGUCUUGUAUAGAUUGCAAUUUCGCAACAAUUCUAUUAGAAUUAUUUCGCGAUUUUAACUGAAAAGCAUAAGCAUUUCGAAUCAUUCCUGGUAAGAAAUUUGUUUCGAAAUGAAUACUAAAGGAACGUACGAGAAAGGAAAGAAGCGUGCGCUUAGCGAAACUUCUGUUUCUAAAGUAAAAUCGAAUAAAAACCAAAAGAAUGUUAAUGAAUUUAACAAGAUAUCCAAAAAAGCCAAAAUUGCUGAUUCUAAGCAAAAUGGAAAUUCUGCAUUGAAAGGAACAGCCCAAAUCCUUAAAGUGAACAAAGAGAAAAAAGAGCAAACUAAGAUACUUAAACAACAAAGUAACAUAGUAAAAUCACCAGAAACGAAGGAAGAUACAAAAGAAACAAUCAUUAAACCUAAAAAUGAUACUAUUGGUAAGAUCAACAAGCUGCGAAAGAGAAGAAAUCCUUAUGGUGUUAUUAGUCUUACUCCAGAACAGAUAACAAAUAAGAUAAAAGAAAUCAAGAGCAGAGAAGUACUGUCAAAGAGAGCACGUAGAAUAUUGGGUAAACUUAACAAAAAAUUACAGGAAAGCGUAAAUGAACCAGAGAAACUAGAUAUAGGAAAUAAAAAUAAAAAAAUAGAACAUGUAAGUGCAUUGAAGAAUAAACAAAAGGUUAAUGAGAAUAAAAAGAAAAUAGAAAAGAAGCAUAUUCAAAGUAAAACUAAACUACAAGAAGAAGAUGAAAAUGAUAGUGACAUGUCCUGGUCACUGGAAGAUGAAGAUGGAGACAAUACUAUUGACAAAGAAAGUGACGAAAGCGAGGCAGUAAAUGAAUUUGUUGAUAAUAAAAACCGAGAGAUUGAUGAUGAAAGUGAUGAGGAUGAAGAGACUGAAGGAGAUCAAGUAUCUGUAGAAGAUGAUGAAGAUGAUGAAGAUGAUGAAGAUGAGGAGGAAGAGAAUGAGGAUGAUGAGGAUGAUGAGGAUGAUGAGGAUGAUGAGGAUGAGGAUGAAGAUGAGGAUGAGGAUGAGGAUGAUGAGGAUGAGGAUGAGGAUGAGGAAGAGGAAGACGAAGACGAAGAAGAUGAGGACGAAAAAAAUAUAAUAAAGAAAAUAAAAAUUGCAGAAGUAAAAAAGAAAGAUGUACAAAAUAAGAAUAAACAAAUUUCUCAAUUUUUGGAUAAUCAGAAGAAAGGAGAAGUAAAGAAGCAGCGGUAUGUCCUAUUUGUAGGCAAUUUACCACUAAAUAUAACCGAAGAUGAAAUCAGACGGCACUUUUUGACUAAAGUUGAUACAAUAAGUAGUAUCAGAAUUCCAACCAAAUCAGAUAAAACAUUACGUGGCUUUGCAUAUGUGGAGAUGACAAAUAAUGUAGAUUUAGAGAAAGGUCUCUCGUUAAAUCAUACAUUCUUGAAGAAAAAUAGGAUCAAUGUUGAAUAUUCGACGUCCAUGUAUGGCAAAAAUGUAGAUGCUACUAAAAAACUUAUAGUUGCCAAAAAUAUGAAGCUACAUGCUCUUCAGAAAGCUGGAAAAUUCGCUCAUGGGAAUGAAAAAAAGAAGUCAUUUAAAAUGAAGAAAUAAGACACCGAACGAGACAUAAUGAAAUAAGUAGGAUCAAUUGACAGAAGGAUUAUUUGCGAAAUGUUUGUUUUUAACAUUUAAUUUUGAAUGAAAGAGCGACUUUUAAUAAGA